AUGUUUGCUGCGAGAAGCAUGGAUUGUCGACGGGAAGCAGGCAAUACAGCAACUUCGCUGGCAAUCCCAGGCCCAGGUGCCGCUGUCACCGUGGACACAGCUUCACCCACACCAGCUACCAGCCCCUGCAGCCAAGCCCAGAGCUCCGACUGUCCCUUGUAUCUGCUCAGAUGUCUCGUCCUGUCUCUUGGAGGUGGAUUCGGAUCUUUGUGCGUGCAGCAGUUCCUCAAAAGGUAUGGGAAUGACGCGAAUGCCAACAGGUUCUUGCCCUUGCAUGCCUGUUCCAUCGGUGUUGCAAGUGCUCUUGUUUUGGCUGCGGGACUCGACGGCAUGAUCCUGAAAGAGGCUAGAACACAGUCGCCUGGCAGCAUUUAUUUCAUGCCGCUGUUCCUGACAGGAGCAAACCUCGGUGGGACAUCUUUGUUCCUGCUGUCGCAUCAGAGACUCUAG